AUGUUUGAUCUUUCAGAACAUAGUUUACCAAGUCGUCGUUGCAUCUGGGUUAACGGUCCGGUCAUAGUUGGGGCGGGCCCACCAGGGCUCGCCGUUGCUGCUUGUCUUAGGGAACAAGGCAUUCCUUUCGUCAUAGUCGAAAGAGCUGACUGCAUUGCCUCCCUUUGGCAAAAAUGCACCUAUGAUCGCCUAAAACUUCACCUCCCAAAAAAAUUCUGCCAACUUCCAAAAUUACCCUUUCCCGAAGAAUAUCCCGAAUACACUAAUAAAAAGCAAUUCAUUACUUAUCUCGAAAAUUAUGCCAAUAAAUUCAACAUCAAGCCACAUUUCAACGAAUGUGUCCAAUCCGCAAAAUAUGACGAGGCAUGCAACAUCUGGCGUGUUAAAACCGUCUCGGCUAUGGGCUAUGCCCAGGCCGAGACAGAAUAUAUAUGUCGGAUGCUAGUAGUAGCAUCCGGAGAAAACGCUGAAGGGAUAGUACCUAAAAUAGAUGGCCUACAAGACUUCUCCGGUGAAGUCAUCCAUGUAAAAGACUACAAGUCUGGCCAAAAAUACACCGGAAAGAAGGUUUUGGUCGUCGGUUGUGGGAAUUCCGGUAUGGAAGUCUCUCUUGAUCUUUCAAACCACAAUGCCAAGCCAUCAAUGGUGGUCAGAAGCUCAGUUCAUGUAUUACCAAGAGAAAUACUCGGGAAAUCUACGUUUGAUGUAGCCAUGAUAUUAAUGAAAUGGCUACCAUUGUGGCUAGUUGAUAAACUUAUGUUAAUUUUUGCAUGGUUAAUCCUUGGAAGCACACAAAAACAUGGAAUCAAAAGACCAUCUUUAGGCCCAAUACAACUAAAACAAAAACAUGGGAAAACUCCUGUUCUUGAUAUAGGUGCAUUCGAAAGGAUUCGGUCUGGUCACAUCAAAAUUGUGCCAGGAAUCAAGAAAUUUCACAAGACUUCAGUUGAGUUCAUCAAUGGCGAAUUUCUUGAAAUUGAUUCGGUUGUUCUAGCAACCGGGUAUUAUAGCAAUGUGCCUUACUGGCUUGAGGAGAAUGAAUUAUUUGGAGAAAAUGGCUUUCCAAAAAAAGAAAGUCCAAAUGGAUGGAAAGGAAAAGGAGGAUUGUAUGCAGCAGGGUUUACAAGAAGAGGGCUUGCUGGUGUAUCUAUAGAUGCAAUAAAAAUAGCACAAGAUAUUGGGAAUGUUUGGAUAAAAGAAUUGAAUCAGACCAAAAAAAAGGUUCAUACUCAUGGAAGAUGCAUUUCAACUUUCUAA